UUACAUCCGCAUCAAUGGUCACACUGUUUGAACAUUGAUUAUUUAAUAAAUUGUUUAUCAAAAGUUAUAAGAUAAAACUAUCUUUCCGAAAUGAGACACGUGCAAUUUCUGGCCCGCACCGUUCUGGUGCAAAACAAUAAUGUGGAGGAGGCGUGUCGUCUGUUAAAUCGCGUGUUGGGAAAAGAAGAACUGCUCGAUCAGUUUCGCCGCACGCGAUUCUACGAAAAGCCGUAUCAGGUCCGUCGUCGCAUUAACUUUGAGAAAUGCAAGGCCAUUUACAACGAGGACAUGAACCGAAAAAUUCAGUUCGUACUGCGCAAAAACCGCACCGAACCUUUUCCUGGAUGCAGUUAGUCGCAUUUUAAACUAGGUUUUGUGGCAAUAAAAUGUAGGAAUUAAAUGAA